AUGAACGACGAAUUAAUCAAUAGUGCUGUUACAUUCUUGAAAGAUCCUAAUGUGGCUUCAUCACCAUUAACCAAGAAGAUAGAGUUUUUAGAAUCAAAAGGUUUAAAUCAACAAGAAAUUGAAGAAGCUUUAAAAAGAGUUAAUGAACCAAGUACAACUACCGCAUCAAGUUCUUCCACUUCCACUUCAACUCCUACUCAAUCACAAUAUUCAUCACAACCAUCAUUACCUUUAGAUUAUUAUAACGUUGCGCCACCUAUUCCAGAAAGAUCAUGGAAAGAUUAUUUUAUAAUGGCAACUGCAACAGUAGGAGUAACUUAUGGUUUAUAUCAAGUUAUAUCAAAAUAUUUAGUUCCGUCAAUUAUACCUCCAUCACAGUCAUCAAUAGAACAAGAUAAAGAAGUUAUAAAUGAAGAAUUUUUGAAAAUUGAUAAAAUUUUAGAACAGCUUACUAAAGAACAAGAAGAAAUCAAAAUAUCAAAUGAAGAAAAAAUUAAAGAUAUUGAUACAGUAAUUGAAAAUAUUAAUGAUUUUUUAACAAAAUAUAAUAAAGAUAAGUUGAAAUUUGACGAUGAUUUAAGAUUAAUGAAAUUAGAAGUUGAUAAUUUAAGUAAUAGCAUUGAAAAAAAUAUGAGAUUAAGUAAGGAAAAUAUUAAUGAUGAAUUAUCUGGGUUAAACACUGAAUUACAAAGUUUAAAGAACUUGAUAAAGAUAAGAGGUGAACAAUCUCAAAGUUCUAAUGGUGGUGCAUCAUCAAGAAAUAUUGCACCAGUUUCAUCAAUACCUUCAGCAAGUGAUAUUUUAAAAAGAGCAAAAGCUAAAGCAGAAGAACCAAAAGAAAAAGCUGCAAGCCCAGAAGUUACUGCAGCAAAGCCACCACUUGAAAGAUCAGAAAGUAUAACUAAGGGGAGUGUUACAGCUGCAGGAAUACCAUCUUGGCAAUUAAAACAUAAAGAAGAAGAAAUUGAAAAAGAAGGUUCAGGAGCAUUACCAAAUGAGGAAGUAGUUAAUAAUAAAAUCAAACUGGCAGGUAUACCAUCAUGGCAAUUAAAUAGUAAUGAAAAGAAAGAUAUACCUUCAUGGCAAACAAAUUCAUCUACAUAG